UUUAGCUUUUUUUAUCGCGCUGUGUUCGCUGUUUCUGUCAUUACACUUUUAUUUAUGAAUUAUUAUUUUAUUAUUUGUAUUUUCCAACCAAUCUUUAUUGUCUUGUUUGUCAUUUUUCAAUCAUUCCAACUUUUAUUUGUCCUGGUUUUGCAGCUUCCUGUUGUGGUAUUUAGGCAUUAUUGAUUAGUAGUAAUGUAUUUAUAUAUAUUCAUGAUCAUCAAAUAAGAGCUCUUUUAUAAACAUGUUGUGUUCCAACCUCUGGCUCAGGGCCCUCCAGAGAGUCCACAGAUGAAUCUGAGGGAACAAUCGAUGAUUAAAGAGAUGAAAUUAUCUGAAUGUUUUAGGACUUUUGGUUUUAGACACUUCAACUGUUAUUAAAGUGAAACGAAGUAAGGAGGAAGAACAGCUGACGUGGUCCUCACUGAGGCCUGAACCUGAACCCAUUCCCUCCGUUUAAAGGUCAGAAACCUCCCAGUUCAUCUUCCAAUCGGACACGGUUUCAGUGGUUAUUUUAGGGGCAUUGAGGAAAUAGAUUGGACAGAGGGAGCACAAUGGACGACAUUUGCUGCUGUUUCCAAUCAGAUUGUAUUUUGACUCAUUUGCAUUCAACCUGCAGUGAGCGCAGCAGAAAGAGCUCAUUUCCUCGCACUGAUACGAGCCACAGAGCUGCAGAUAUGGACUGAUGAGCAGUCUGUGGGCGAGCGCUGAGUGCCGCAGCCACAUUAGCUCCCAUUGUGGGCAGCUAAAUGGAAGGCGGACUGGAAAUCACUGGGAGGGAAUUCAGUGGAAGGACAGAAAGCAGGUCCACUUCCUGUUAAAGCUGCUUGCAUCAUAAUGGACUCGCAGUAUCAGGACACAUUGUGCUGCAGAAACACACUGGAUGCUCCCAUUUAUUCUCUUUUAUUCUGGUUUAUUCUGGUUUUGUGUUCACUUUCUGCAACAACGACACUUUUCCAUUUGCAGCCUGCUGCAAACUUUAAUCCUACAACUCAUUUUUCUCUAAAUAAUGCACAUUAUUGUGUCUGCUGACCCCUCAGAUUGUUCCUGGGACCCGCCGAGAGCUCCUGCUUUAGUAUCGUAAUUAAACAGUAAAAUGUCACAUUAAACUUUAUAAAUUAACUUAUUUUAGCUGCUCAUCUUUCUGCUCUUUGACUCUGAUGAUAUUUGAAUCCUCGCAGCAGUUUGUUUUCUCGUGUUUCUUUUCUAGUUUUUCAUGUUUAGUCAUCCUGAGUCGCUGCCACACAAAUGUCAACAACAGGAUGUGAACGCUGUAUUUAAAUAUCGAUUGUUUUCCUGCUGCAGUUAAUGAUUGAUUCAUCCCACAAAUUCACUGAAUCAAUAAUCACAUUAAAGAAACUUUUGUUUUUUUUAACCCAGAUUGUUACACAAUAAUAAUAACUUUAUUUAAUAACAUUAUAUAUUAUAAAUGUUAUAAAUGUUCUAAUACCCUUAAUGAUCAAAUAUAACAAAGAAUAUAACAAAGAAACAAUCAGUUAAACCAUAAAGUCAAUAAUACUAAAGUUGAUUUAUAUAACACACAUCAGGAUCAAUAAAAAGCUUUACAAUCACAAUAAAAACUGUAAAAAUCAAAAGAGAAUCGUAAAUAUUUAAAUAAUAAAGUCAAAUCCUAACAGCUGAUCAAUACCAUCAAUUUCAUCAAUACCAUUAUUAUUUAUUUUAAUUGAUUCUUUUAUUGUUGUCAUUUUUUAAUUGUGAACUUACUGUCCAUCCAGCGAUCAAUAAAAGACAUUAUGAUAUGAUAAUAUCAAAAAAUCAAUAUGAUCAAUAAUGUGUGUCUCUGGCAGAGCUCUGAGGGUCCCAGCGUCCUGCUGGUGGAGGCUUUUUACGGCGGCUCGCACAAACAGCUGAUCGACCUGCUGACAGAAAACGUCUCUGGCUGCUCUGUCGUCACGCUGCCCGCCAAGAAAUGGCACUGGAGGGCGAGAACGGCGGCGCUCACCUUCAGCCAGACCAUCCCUCACCUAUUUCUCUACGGUUUCCUCUUCAGAGUCCUGUUCAGCAGCUCGGUCCUGAACUUGUGUGAGCUGGUGGCUCUCAGACCAGAUCUGGCCCGCCUGAAGAAGGUCCUGUACUUCCACGAGAACCAGCUGGUUUAUCCGGUCCGCAAAGAGCAGGAGAGAGACUUCCAGUACGGAUACAACCAGGUCCUCUCAUGCCUGGUGGCAGACGUGGUUGUGUUUAACUCCUCCUUCAACAUGGAGUCCUUCCUGUCCUCCAUCUCCUCCUUCAUGAACAAGAUCCCAGACCACAGACCCAGAGACCUGGACCUGUUGAUCCGGCCUAAGUGUGAGGUCCUGUACUACCCAGUCCAGUUCCCCGAUGUCAGUAG